AUGGCGGAGCAAGACACCAUGUUGGUUCCCAAGGAGCCUUGCGACACACUAUGUGAGCCUGACGGUGACUUCGAGGUCAAGUGCGUGAAAUGCCAGUAUCCAAUCGAUGCAGAGGAUGUCAGUGCAAGGAAAGUUGGCAAACAAGGUCCAACUUGCAAAUCGUGUCACAAUGUGCAGACCAUGCUGACCAAGCAAUUGGACCAUAUGCCGAUGGAAUGGGAUAUCAUGAAGCCUGCUGAACAUGUGAAGUUCUUCCAGCAGUGUGCACAGUUGAAAGAUGAGCAUGGCACUUUGAAGUACAAGCAUGUCCGAGCAACAUUGGCCCAGACACUGCUGACCAAAGAAGUUUCCAAAGUCAGACGUGGCGCCCUGGGAGAAUUUCAUCCACUGCAGCAUUGGAUCAAUCUUGGUCACUCCAAGGAGGAUGUGGAGGAGAAAGCUGAGAAGAUGGUUCACCCGACCGUGGGAACAGUCACGUACCGUGUGGACGUGUUCUCGAUCUCUAUGGAGAAGAUACGGGAAGAAGUGGAGGAGACACUUCUGUCUUGCAGCCGUGAUGUCAAGAGGAAACAUGCUCCUGCAGAAGCCAAGGCCGCGGCCAAGAAGAGGGCAAAGGGUGCUCUGCCGCCACCUCCUCCGCUGCCGCUGACAGAUGAGCAGGUGCAAGAGAAACAGUUCUUGCAAAGCAUGGUCAUUGACUCUGACUCCGACUGUGAGAUGAUCGUUCCAGGCAAGCGACCCAAGUCCGACAAGGCUGCAGAGAAAGCAGCUGAAAGGGCAGCAGCAAGGGAUGUUGAGAAAGCUCACAGAGAGAUUUCCAAGUUGGUCCCCAGGGCGUUGGCAGUGAUCAGGCCCAUGGAGAGCCGCGUUGCCAGGCUGGUCGAUUCGACGGGUCAAGACAAAUUGGACCUACUGCCCCAGUGCACAAGCAACUUGAUCACGGAGAAGCGUGAGCUCCUCAAGAAGUGGUUGAAAGCUUGCUGUGACGUGACCGCCACCUUUCAGAGCACAGAUCAGAAGGCCAGCUGGGAGAUGGUGCCCUUCGCGGAUUUGAAAGAAGUUUCCACUGAGAUGAAAGCCUGCGCGGACGCAGCCAAGGCCGUGGCAGAAGCCAAGAAGGCUUUGAAUCCGCCCAAGCCCAAGCCUGCGCCCAAGAACAAGUCUUAG